UAAACCACACACUUCACUCUCUGCUAAUUUCCACAAGAGAGAGAGAGAAAAAAAAAUCAAAUUGCAGGGAUGAGUGACGCUAUGGGUAUGGCGGCGCCACCGCCAUCAAUAAACUCAACCGCCGUGAACAGCCACAGCCAGCACCAUAUGAUGAUGCACAUGACGUUUUUCUGGGGAAAAAACGCGGAGGUUCUGUUUUCCGGUUGGCCUGGGUAUAACAAUAUGGGCAUGUAUGUUUUGGCACUUCUCUUCGUUUUUCUACUUGCCUUUUUCGUAGAGUGGAUCUCACACACCAAUUACAUCAAAGAGAGUGCUAAUCAUGUGGCUUCUGGGUUAAUUCAGACCGCUUUGUACGGCGUCAGGAUUGGGUUGGCUUAUUUGGUCAUGUUAGCUGUUAUGUCCUUCAACGCCGGCAUUUUUCUGGUGGCAAUCGCCGGCCACACGUUAGGGUUCUUAGUUUUUGGUAGUAGGGUUUUUAAGAAAUCGCCAUUGAUGGCUUAUGCUAAGGCCUCCGAUCUUCCUCCUAUCAGUUGUAACUGUUGACAAACUGAAAUAAAAUAUUUAGUUAUCUUUUU